AUGAUGAUGAGUCGCAGCCACUGCCACACUGAAGCUCAGUUCUCUUUUCCCGAACACGACUAUGACGACGAUGAUUUCCACCUCCCUCUUACGCAGACCACACUUGCCCCUUCCAAUUCUCACCGUCCAUCCAAGAAGCUCAAGCACAAGUCAACGACCACACAUCACUUCGGCAAGGAGAACGUUCCCCCUUACGACACUGACUUUAAUAUUGAAAACUGCAGCUUGGAUUGCAUCCCUUCCACCAUAGAUUGCGCCACCGUUUGUCAUUCCCAACAGCAAAACGACGUCGUUCCUUCGUGCUCCGCGGAGUCCCAGGGCCUGAAGAAGAAAACCAACUGCGCGUACUUCCGAAAUUCGAUAGAGUCCAAGCUGGUGGCGUUGGGACCACACGCGCGGCUCAGCCACGGAUCUGGAAAACCUUUGGAUGAUAAUGAUGAUGAUGAUUCGGACCUCGAUCUGUUGCUGAAUUUGUGCAAUGAGUUAGAUGAAGAUGAAAGAUCUAGGAUGAUGCCGCGUGUUGAUGGCGUUGGAGGUUCUGUUCUUUGUCCACUGUGUGAUGUUGAUAUCUCUAGCUUCAGUGAGGAACAGCGACACCUUCACACAAAUCAUUGCCUUGACAGAGUGGAAGAUCAAGCUCAAGAUGUUGCAGUUCGUGAUGGCGAGAAUGAUGGAGUGGGUGCUCAAUUGGAGCCAGAGCCGAAGCCGAAAGUUGCCAAUGUUUCUGCGGUUGUUGAUUGGCUGCGCAGUAUCGGCUUAGCGAAAUACGAGGAUAUUUUUGUGAGGGAAGAAGUUGAUUGGGACACCUUGCAGUGGCUGAAAGAAGAGGAUCUAUUAAGCAUUGGUAUUACUGCACUUGGUCCCAGAAAAAAGAUUGUGCAUGCUCUUUAUGAACUUAGAAAAGGAACUGGCCCUUCAGAUGAGAAACAUGAGGAUGCUAUUGCAGAGCCUAGAAGGAGUGGAAACCAGAAAGUCAAAUUGCAACGUGAAAAAUCUGAAAAGAAAGUUGAUGGCAAAACUAAACCAGUGACAAACAAAUUGAUUACUGAAUAUUUUCCUGGCUCUGCUGGCAAUGGGAAGAAAACACCUGCGGCUUCAGGAGAACAGCAGGAAACAAAAAACAGUACCUUGGAUUCUGGCCAUAAAAGCAAGGCAAAAAAUACGUCUACAAAUAGAAAACUUCGUGAUGUUCCCCAAUGGUGUAGCAUUCCUGGAACGCCUUUUCGGGUGGAUGCUUUCAAAUAUCUCAGAGGAGAUUGUUCUCACUGGUUUCUCACACACUUCCAUUUAGACCAUUAUCAAGGUCUCACAAAGUCGUUCAGUCAUGGAAAGAUCUAUUGCUCUUCUAUUACUGCUAGCCUUGUAAAUAUAAACAUUGGGAUUGCCUAUGAUAAAAUACAUGUUUUGCCUCUGAACGAGAAGGUCUCAAUAGACGGUGUUGAUGUGACCUGCUUGGAUGCCAACCAUUGUCCGGGUUCGAUAAUGAUCCUCUUUCAACCUCCGAAUGGUAAGGCGGUUCUCCAUACUGGGGAUUUUCGGUACAGUGAAGAAAUAGCAAACAAUCCUUUUCUCCGGAUGUGUCGUAUCCAUACUUUAAUUCUUGAUACAACAUAUUGUAACCCACAGUAUGACUUUCCAAAACAAGAAGCUGUCAUACAAUUUGUUAUUGAUGCCAUUCAAGCGGAGGCUUUUAAUCCCCAGACCCUUUUUCUGAUUGGCAGCUAUACUAUUGGAAAAGAAAGGUUAUUCUUGGAGGUUGCUCGCACACUUCGUAAGAAGGUUUAUGUGACAGCGGCAAAGUUGCGUCUUCUAAAAUGUUUGGGAUUUAGGGAGGAGGAUAUGCAGUGGUUUACAUUAAAUGAGCACGAAAGCAACAUUCACGUUGCUCCUAUGUGGACACUUGCAAGUUUCAAAAGAUUGAAACACAUAUCAAGUCAAUAUGCGGGUCGGUUCAGUCUUAUAGUUGCUUUCUCUCCCACUGGUUGGACAUUUGGCAAAGGUAAAAAGAAGUCUCCUGGAAGAAGGUGGCAGCAGGGUACUAUUAUAAGGUAUGAAGUGCCAUACAGUGAGCAUUGCAGCUAUGCAGAACUCAAAGAGUUUGUGAAACUUAUAUCCCCUGAUAACAUUAUACCAAGUGUUAAUAACGACGGACCAGAAUCCGUCGAUGCCAUGAUUUCUCUCAUGUUGCCUUGAUUUUGUUGUACCUGUGAAAUAUUUUGCGAAUACUGUUGUAACUGCUACAAUAGCCUUAAUUAAAAAUGUUCCUGCU